AUGUCCACGCCCCAGAACAUCGCCACGAGGUUUGAACGUAGUGUCAGUAUCUCCGGGCUGCCCAAUGCGGUUUCCACUUCUCCCACUCAAUCUUACCUUUCUCAGUACGUUCCAACCCUGAAAAAUGCCAAGGCUCUUAAGCCAUUUUCCACCGGCGACAUCAAGAUCUUGUUGUUAGAAAACGUCAAUCAGACUGCUAUCGAUAUCUUUGGUCAACAGGGAUACCAGGUUGAAUUCUACAAGUCGUCUUUGCCGGAAGAUGAAUUGAUCGAAAAGAUCAAGGAUGUCCAUGCCAUCGGAAUCAGAUCCAAAACCAAAUUAACGGAAAAAGUGUUACAACAUGCUAAGAACUUGGUAGUGAUCGGGUGCUUCUGUAUUGGUACCAACCAGGUGGAUUUGGAGUUUGCGGCCAAAUCGGGAAUUGCCGUUUUCAAUUCUCCAUUUUCCAACUCUCGGUCGGUGGCUGAGUUGGUGAUUGCCGAAAUUAUUACCUUGGCAAGACAAUUGGGGGACCGUAGUAUUGAAUUGCACACCGGUACGUGGAACAAGGUUAGUGCCAAGUGCUGGGAAGUUAGAGGAAAAACGUUGGGAAUUGUAGGAUAUGGCCAUAUUGGUGCUCAACUUUCCGUGUUAGCAGAGGCCAUGGGUAUGCAAGUGAUCUAUUAUGAUGUUCAGAUGAUCAUGUCGUUGGGUAACUCGAAACAGGUGGAUUCUCUUGACGAGUUGUUGCAGCGUGCUGAUUUUGUGUCUUUGCAUGUUCCUGCUACUCCAGAAACCAAGAAUAUGUUGAGUACUCCACAAUUUGCUGCCAUGAAAGAUGGUGCCUAUGUGAUCAAUGCGUCUCGUGGUACUGUGGUGGACAUUCCAGCGCUUAUUUCCGCCAUGAAAGUGGGCAAAAUCGCCGGUGCUGCCAUCGAUGUCUACCCUCAAGAGCCCGCCAAGAAUGGUGAAGAUUUGUUCAACAAUCUGCUAAACGAAUGGGCAAGUGAGUUGUGCUCGUUGAGAAACGUGAUCUUGACUCCCCACAUCGGUGGUUCUACCGAGGAAGCUCAAUCUGCCAUUGGAGUGGAAGUGGGUACAUCUUUGACGAAAUACAUCAAUGAGGGAAAUUCCAGUGGAGCCGUCAACUUUCCCGAAGUCCAUUUGCGUGCGUUGGAUUUGGACCAAGAAAACUCGGUGCGUGUGUUGUACAUCCAUCAGAACGUUCCUGGUGUGUUGAAAACCGUCAACAAUAUCUUGUCGAACCAUAAUAUCGAGAAGCAGUUCUCGGAUUCUCGCGGAGACGUUGCUUAUUUGAUGGCGGACAUUUCCGACGUGGACUUGGCUGAUAUCAAGUCUUUGUACGAGCAGCUCGAACAAACUCCUUAUAAGAUAGCUACCAGACUUUUAUACUAA